AUGUCUGAUGAUCAUCUAUCUCCAGAAGAUAUCAUACGCGCACGUCAACUAGAGCCCCUCCAUGAAGCAUGGUCAAACUGGCCUUCUGCUCAAACACUACCUCUCAUACAAGAUCUCGACCCUACCAUGCGCACCCUAGCAUCCGAAGAAUUCACCACCCUCACUAACACCCUCUCCACCCACAUCUUCAUAUCCUUCCCCUCUCUUCUCGUUCCUCCAUCGUCUCCGCGCGAUUCGCAUGCACUGCUGGAACUGAAAGCCGGCGUUGGAGGGUUUGAAGCGGCUCUAUUUCUGUUGGACCUUCUGCAGAUCUAUAUUCGAUUUGCUGGUUCAGUCUGGUGGCGAACACACAAAGCAAUGAAACACAGCGGGAGGAUGCAUGUGUUUAAAAGCGAAGUCGCUUAUGAUGCGCUGAGGUGGACGAGCGUUGUACAUUGUGUGUGGCGCGUCUACCAAAUUAUAUUGAGUACCUGCCUAAUCAACUCCAACCACUGUCCUCAGCACUUCAACAAAACAAAAUUUGUAGUCCGUCUCACCCAUACACCCACCGGUAUCAUCGUUUUCAUGCGAGACGAAUGCAGUCAACAUCAGCCCAACUGGCGUCGUGUUUUUCAAGUUCUUCGCACUCGUCUGACAGAGUCCAAGGUCGCCCAAGAUAUUGUCUCCCGCCGAGCUACCUGUUGGAAUCUGGUGCGCACCGCUGACCGCAGCGAGAAGAUUCGAACCUACACUUAUGCGCAGGAUCGCGUGACAGAUCAUCGGGUCAGUCUCUCCCGCAUGAACCUCACCGGCUUCCUGCAACUGUUGGGGCACGGUCGGACUCAGAUCAAGAGAAAAGAGCUCUUGAAUGAGUUCCUCGAGCUGUCGAAUGGUCAGUGCUACCGUGACCGUACGUUGCCGUACCAUUGGACUUACUUGGCGAUACCGUAUGGCGUUGUCACGUAG